AUGGAAUACGCUUAUUCAGCUGCUAUUCUCAUCUUACCUGCUUUAGUUACUGGAAUCUAUUGUGCUCAUUGACAUGUCUCUAAAGAAGUAGAAAACGACAAGCUAAUAGAAAAGCACUGUAACAAACAAAAUGCUGAUUUGCAUAUAUGCAUACUCUCCAAUGGGGACAAGAAAUCAUGCAAAGAUGCCCAAUCUGAAUUGGAUUAUUGUGUAUAUCAGCACAAAUGAAAUUAG